AUGCUCCGAGACGUCUCGUACACAUUGGAUCGCUGUGAGCGCGAAUGCUUGAAGACUGUCUUUGACGAGCUCAUGAAACACGUCUUGAUUGAGGCCUUUAUGGAUCUUGUGAAAUUGUGGACAGGUCUGAUCAAAUAUAUGCGAGACAAUCCACAAAAAGCCGAUACCAUCUCAUCUAUGCUCGCUGACACCCCUGGAAAGGUCGAGAAAUCGUUUGCCCACCUCAAAGCCAUCGCUUCUACAAGUUUUGGAUCGGAAUUGCGGCGAGCCCCCACUCUCUCGGAGCCUCUUCCAGACAGUAUAGCCCUCCCGUGCGGCGGAGCACCGUAUCAUGACAGCAGAAAGUUUAUUGGUCGCGAGAAUGAGAUUGACGUCAUCCACGGAGAACUCGGUCCAGCAAACAUGAAGGAUCAGAGGUUCUGCACCAUCUGGGGCCUCGCUGGAAUGGGAAAGUCCAAAUUGGCGAUGGAGUAUGCGAAACGCUACGAGGGCGACUUUUAUGCCACUCUCUGGAUAAGUGCACAAAACGUAAUAUCCAUAGGUCAGAGCUUCACAAACAUUGCCAUCGAUUUUGGGCUGCAAAAGGCGACGAACGGCGGAAAGGUCGAUGAUAACAUACGGUUGGUAUUCAAUGCUAUCAAGAAGCGCGGCGGCAACUGGCUCAUUAUUUGGGACGACGUCAAAGAACAAGCAACAAUAAGGCCACACCUGACGCUAAACUCCAAGAGAGUCUCGACCCUCGUCACCACCAGAUAUCCUGAAGAGGCGGCAGUUUUCAGAUCACGAGGAACUCUUUUGCAUCUUAAAAAGCUGUCCAUGGACACCUCGACAGAACUCUUCGAACGGCUUCUGGGUCCAGACAAUCGCUACCCUGAAGGAUCGGAGGAUUCGAGAGCUGCUCAUGUCAUUCUUCAAAAAAUGGACGGUCACCCUCUCGGCAUAUGCACCAUGGCAACUCGUAUUGUCGCAAAAAAUCUGUCUGCCCGAGGCUUCCUCAUGCGCUACCGACGAGACAAUAUUCCCGUCGUCCCAGAACUGGCAGAUUACGAAAUUGCGCUGGAGGCAAUCUGGAACGAAUCUUUCCAGUACCUCAAGGAUAUGAAGGAGAGUAGAAAUGGCGACUGUUUUGACUUGCUUGGAGUACUGUCUUUCUGCUUCCCUGAUGCGAUUCCAAAGACGCUUUUUGCGACUGAGCAGCCCGAUGACUCGGAAGGCGUCACUCCGAUAUUCCACGACAAACAAAACAGAUACGAAGAGGCAUGUGAGAUGCUUCGAAAGUCUGGUCUCAUAGACUACGACAAGGACUACACGUCUAUCACCAUGCACCGGGUGACCCAAGGUGCCUUUCUCGCCUUUCUGGGCCCCGAAGCUAUCCAGUCCUCUUUUUGCCUUGCAGCCAGCUUGAUACAUCGGGCUUUCCCCAAGCAAGUCGAAGGCCGGUCCCUCCAUCUUCAAUGGGAUGACUGCCGUACCUACAUACAGCACAGCAACAAACUGAUCAAAGUAUACACGGAAUCAAGGCUGCCUCAUCGUCGGUAUCAGCCGCUGCAGCCGUGCGAAGACUUUCUUGAGCUCAUGGCUAAUGUUUGCUGGUACCUUGUCGAAAGUGGCCAAGACUCUGAGUGCCAGCGUCUAUCCGAAAUUGCACUAAAGGCCGUCGGGCCCAAUACCUAUCGUUACGCGCAUUUAAACAACUCGCUCUUUGCCAUGUCUUGGUUUCAGAACGAUCUGAAGAGUGCGUUUAAAUAUUGUGGUAUCGCUGCUUCUUCGAUGAAGGCCCACAGACCCGAGACAUCGGAGGAGUAUCUAGGAAUACUUUCCAACAAAGCCAGCUUGUUGGCGUCGGAUGGAAAAGAUACAGAGGCCCUAAAGCUCUACCUUGAGGUGGAAGAGACUCGUAAGAGGUACAAUUAUCCCCAAAAUAUCGCCCUCGCCUUUAUCAAUCUUGGGAUUGGUCGUUUGAAGAGCAAAAUGGGCGAGUUCGACGAUGCUGCAACAAGACUCGAGGCGGCUCGAAGUAUAGUACAACACGAGCAUGGACCGCACGGAAAAUACAUGCAGCAGUAG